AUUAGACAAUCAUUUAAAUCUACACAUUUAAGGUAGCAGGAUCAUUGUUUCGAGACGGACUGUAAACAUGUCUGUACUGAGAACCUGCCGCUGUUCCACUUCCUAAACAAAUCAGUCGCCUGCAAACAGGUGUUUUUAUUUAAUUUUACGAAUUAUUAAACUGACAGAUUGAAAUAUAUAUUCACAGAACAACUGUUCUCGAAUAAAAAUUACUUUUGCACAAUCGAUAAUAUUAGCGCCUUGCCCAACAUUGCAGAAUUGUUGCCAUUGAUUUCCUGGGAUAGUCAUAACCCUGCAAGAGCUCACGUGCCAGGUUUCUAAAAAGUAAACAAAAACAUGAACGUUGAAUGGUCGCUAGCUAUUUUGUUUGGUUACAGCUAUUAUUUAGUUUGCACACGAAUGUAAUUUAAUGCUAAAUAUAUUUUAUUUUAUUUUAGAGUGAGCAUCUGAAGCCAAGUCAAGAUGACAAGCCCAAACCAAGACAUCCCCAUCCACAGCUGGCCAGGCUCCUACUACAUCAACAGCGAGAAGCGCUGGGAGGCCGGGACCCUGUCCCUGACCCGCACCAUAUUGCGCUUCACCUCAGACCAGAGCAACGAGAACCUGGUUGGCUUCCGCCUCACCAGGAUCAUGGAGAUCAAGAUGGAAUCGUCCAGCUUCAUCUUCAGCGCUCUGACUGUGUUGGAACAGGGGAAUCUCAAGCACUGGUUCGGCUCACUGAGGCCCAACCGGUUGGUGGUCUACAAUGUCCUGUAGCAUUUCUGGAGGGAGAGGUUGUUGUCCCCCUCUACUGAGGUCCAGGGGGCCGAGGCACAGCCCACCAAGGGGAGGGAGCUGAUUAACCUGGUGGCAGGGGCUCAAAGACGGCUAGAGGACACAGGGAAUGUCCUCCACCACCAGGGAGAGCAGUUUGAUAACGUCAUGCAGGGCCUGGACAAGAUCGACUCUGAUCUGGACGUGGCAGACAAGCUACUGUCUGAACUGCAGUCUCCCCCUUGGUGGCCUUUUGGCAAAUUACCCUGGAAGAGUCAGCAGGAUGCCAAUGCUGAGCAUGCUGCCAGAGAGGCCAAUUGUAAGGGAACAGCAACAGGCAAGCACAGAGUGAUCACCAGCAUACGAGCCAUCGUUUCCAGACGUGGGGACUCGUGCCUGAAGCCUGGCUGCUUGAUGGUGAUGGUCUCCUCUUUAGAAGUCCGAGACACAAACUAUGUGCUCCUCCACCACUUUGAGAGGGACGAGGUGGAUGACAUCCGGGUGCACAACCCUUAUGAGAUCAGUGUGAGGCAGAGGUUCAUAGGGAAGCCAGACAUAUGCUCCAGACUCCUGUCGGCUAAAAUGCCGGAGGCCAUGUCUGUGCUAGAGAUGCAGUAUAAGAAGAAGGUAGAGUACACGAGUGAGUACUCUACCUUUAAGACGACCCCAGCCACAACCCCAUGUGACCAGAAUCAAGUUUUAAUAUGGAAUGCAGGCUUGCAGCAGUACCAGGAGACAGAGGUCCCCAGUACGGUCCCAGCAGGAGAGCUUUCCCAGGUGCAUCUACAUGUCCUUAAACCAGAGGUUACUCAGGCUGAGGUUCAGGAGCUCCGACAGAUGCUAAUGCAGCUGAAAAAUCUUGCUCUGGAGGCUGAGACUGAGCUGGAGAAGCAAGACGAGGGCCUGGAUGUUCUGACCACCUCUACGGACCAGGCCACCAUGCACAUUGACAAACACACCUGCCGCAUGAAAAGGCUGCUGUAACUAACUCACUUACAACGCAAUGCAGAAAUGCACCGAGUUGCUAUUGCCUUACAACAAAUGUAUUCUGUCAGAAAGUUGUUGUACUGUACCUCUAUAUUUGAGGUUCCAUAACCAUUGAAACCAGAUUUUACCAUCUGCUUCGUUGUAUCACAUCAAGUUAAGUCUUAGCCUCAGGUGUAGUCAUACACCCUUACCUCAUUGUAACGUAUAAAAUAUAGAAAUCGAUGUUCCUCUCAAUGUGGUAAUUACUGACCAGUCCACUAGAUGUUAUUUACACCAAGGUGAGGAAGCGUUCACUCAUCAGCACUUUGUGGAGAUAUCGUCCUCUUUGCACUGACAAACUAUGAAUAUAUCCAAACUUGGUUGUUGUUGACGGGAGGUUGGACAGACAUAAUGGUCUCUGUCACACAUGUAAUCCAUGGUUUCUGAUGAUGUACUUAAAUCACAGUGUGGAGCGAUUGUCACACCUGUUUUUUCCUUCUUCUUUUUCAGUUGCAGGUGUCAGUAAAGCCAUCCCCCUCCCUCCAUGCACAUGGUUUCCCUCCAGCUCCAAGUGUUGCAUGUUCCCAUGUUUCUGCUGAGUAAAGCGAUGCAUCGAGUGGGAUCUGUAGAACUGUGAGGUAUGCAGUGGGUAUGUAACAUGUAGCAAAGUCCGUUGAAACUGUGUCCCUUGAAAUACACGGAAUACUUUACAGAGCCCCUACUCUUAAGUCAAUUUCUAUACCAUAAUGUUCCGUACUAGAGAAAGCAGGGAGUAACUCACAAUAGGUUGUCUCUCUGACAUUAUCACGGGAUUUAGGAAUAUCUGUAUAAUCUUAUGUGUAUAUGAAUGACUUGCAUAUUUCUAUGCUGUGGUGUACUCGGAUGUUUUACUGAAAUGUAAUUAUUGUCUCGCUAUCAUUUGUGAACUUGCGAUAAAAUGUUAUUUAAACUCAAUAUCUGGUAAAUAAUGCAUUUCUCCGUACAAAUAAUGCCCAAGGCUCCCCAUGGUACUGUACUGUAGAGAGCAGAGGAAGUAUUUGAGUGGCGUGUAAUUAUCCAAUAGAACACAUUUACAUAAAAUACAGACGAAUGGCUUUAAGUAGUACAGUACGACCCGCCCAGUUCAUAAAAGGCAAUUGACACUGAAACAAAAUAUAAAUGCAACAUGUUAACUGUUGGUUUCACGAGUUGAAAUAAAAGAUCCCAGAAAUAUUCCAUGCGUCUAAAAUUUUGUUCACAUAUUUGUUUACAUUCCUGUUAGUGAGCAUUUCUCCACACCUGGCAGGUGUGUUAUAUCAAGAACAUGAUUAAACAGUGUGAUCAUUACACAGGUGCACUUUGUACUGGGGACAAUAAAAGGCCACUAUAAAAUGUGCAGUUUUGUCACACAACACAAUGCCACAAAUGUCUCAAGUUUUGAUAGGGCGUGCAAUUGGCAUGCUGACUACAGGAAUGUCCACCAUAGCUGUUGCCAGAGAAUUUAAUGAUAAUUUCUCUACGAUAAGCCGCCUCCAACAUUGUUUUAGAGAAUUUGGCAGUACUUCUAACUGGCCUCACAACUGCAGGCCAGAUGUAAUCACGCCAGCCCAGGAUCUCCACAUCUGGCUUUUUCACCUGCGGUAUUGUCUGAGAGAAGCCACUGCGGACAGCUGGUGAAACUGUGGGUUUGCACAACCAAAGAAUUUCUGCACAAACUGUCAGAAACCUUCUCGGGAAGCACAUCUGCACGCUCGUUGUCGUCACCAGGGUCUUGACCUGACUGCAGUUCGUCGUUGUAACUGACUUCAGUGGGCAAAUGCUCAAACGCUUUUCACGGAUGAAUCACGGUUUCAGCUGUACCGGGCUGAUGGCAGACAGCGUGUAUGAUGUCACGUGGGCGAGCGGUUUGCUGGCGUCAAUGUUGUGAAGAGAGUGCCCCAUGGUGGCUGUGGGGUUAAGGUAUGGGCAAGCAAAAGUUACAGACAAUGAGCACAAUUGCAUUUUAUCAAUGGCAAUUUGAAAUCACAGAGAUACCGUGACAAGAUCCUGAGGCCCAUUGUCAUGCCAUUCAUCCGCUGCCAUCACCUCAUGUUUCAGCAUGAUAAUGCACGGCCCCAUGUCGCAAGAAUCUGUACACAAUUUCUGGAAGCUGAAAAUGUCCCAGUUCUUCCAUGGUCUGCAUACGCACCAGACAUGUCACCCAUUGAACAUGUUUGGGAUGCUCUAUCUACGUGUACAACAGCGUGUUCCUGUUCCCGCCAAUAACCAGCAACUUCGCACAGCCAUUGAAGAGGAGUGGAACAACAUUCCACAGACCACAAUCAACAGCCUGAUCAACUCUAUGUGAAGGAGAUGUCUAUGCGAAUGAAAUGUGUCGCACUGCACGAGGCAAAUUAUGGUUACACCAGAUACUGUCUGGCUUUCUGAUCCACGCCCCUACAAGAAAUGUGUGCAGUGGUUGAAAAACAAAUUGUAAACUUAGUGUAAACUUAGGUUGGAGUCACUUAAACUUCUGACUUCAACUGUAGGUUGGAGUCAUUAAAACUCGUUUUUCAACCACUCCACAAAUUUCUUGUUAUCAAACUAGUUUUGGAAAGUUGGUUAGGACAUCUACUUUGUGCAUGACACAAGUAAUUUUCCCAACAAUUAUUUAACUUAUAAUUUCACUGUAUCACAAUUCCAGCGGGUCAAAAGUUUGCAUACUGUGCCUUUAAACAGCUUGGAAGAUGUAAAAAAAAAAAAAUUCCAUGGCUUCAGAAGCUUCUGAUAGGCUUAUUGACAUCAUUUCAGUCAAUUGGAGGUGUACCUGUGGAUGUAUUUCAAGGCCUACCUUCAAACUCAGUGCCUCUUUGCUUGAGUUCAUUGGAAGAUCAAAAUAAAUCAGCCAAGACCUCAGAAAAAGAAUUGUAAGACCUCCACAAGUCUGGUUUAUUCUUGGGAGCAAUUUCCAAAUGCAUGAAGGUACCUCGUUCAUCUGUAUAAACAAUAGUACUCAAGUAUAAACACCAUGGGACCACGCAGCCGUCAUAACGCUCAGGAAAGAGACGCGUUCUGUGUCCUAGAGAUUAACGUACUUUGGUGUGAAAAGUGCACAUCAAUCCCAGAACAACAGCAAAGGACCUUGUGAAGAUGCUGGAGGAAACAGGUACAAAAGUAUCUAUAUCCACAGUAAAACAAGUCCUAUAUCGACAUAAGCUGCAAGGCUGCUCAGCAAGGAAGAGGCCACUGCUCCAAAACCGCCAUAAAAAAGCCAGACUACGGUUUGCAACUGCACAUGGGGACAAAGAUUGUACUUUUUGGAGAAAUGUCCUCUGGUCUGAUGAAACAAAAAUAUAACUGGCCAUAAUGACCAUCGUUAUGUUUGGAGGAAAAAGGGGGUGGCUUGCAAGCCGAAGAACACCAUCCCAACCGUGAAUCACAUGGGUGUAAGCAUAAUGUUGUGGGGGUGCUUUGCUGCAGGAUGGACUGGUGAACAUCACUAAAUAGAUGGCAUCACGAGGAAGGAAAAUUAUGUGGAUAUAUUGAAGCAACAUCUCAAGACAUCAGUCAGGAAGUUAAAGCUUGGUCGCAAAUGGGUCUUCAAAAUGGCUUAAGGACAACAAUGUCAAGGUAUUGGAGUGGCCAUCACAAAGCCCUGACCUCAAUCCAAUAGAAAAUUUGUGGGCAGAACUGAAAAAGUGUGUGCGAACAAGGAUGCCUACAAACCUGACUCAGCUACACCAGCUCUGUCUGGAGGAAUGGGCCAAAAUUCACCCAACUUAUUGUAGGAAGCUUGUGGAAGGCUCCUCAAAAUGUUUGACCCAAGUUAAGCAAUUUAAAGGCACUGCUACCAAAUACUAAUUGAGUGUGUGUAAUCUUCUGACCCACUGGGAAUGUGAUGAAAGAAAUUACAGCUGAAAUAAAUAAUUCUCUCUACUAUUAUUCUGACAUUUCACAUUUUUAAAAAGAAGUGGUGAUCCUAAUAGACCUAAGACAGGGAAUAUUUGUUAGGAAAUGUCAGGAAUUGUGAAAAACUGAGUUUAAAUGUAUUUGGCUAAGGUGUAUGUAAACUUCCGACUUCAACUGUAAAUAUCUGUAUUCCCAGUCAUGUGAAAUCCAUAGUAUAGGGCCUAAUGAAUUGAUUUAAGUUGACUGAUUUAUUGAUAUGAACUUUAACUAAGUAAAAUCUUUGAAAUUGUUGCAUGUUGUGUUUAUUUUGGUUCAGUGUAGUUCCCUUUAUUAAUUUAAGAAUGAUAAUGAAUAGAAAACAAAACAGGCAACAAAACAACACUCGGAGAGAGGCAAAGCAAGGCAACACCCAAUAAUAACAGGGUUCACGUGACAAAUUGGCAUGGAGAUUGUCAUAACUAUGGCAAAUGAGAUGGAAGUGGAAGCUAUUUACUAUUGAAAGUUCUCCAUGCGUGUCGGUUCCUGGCCUGUUGAAUGAAAGUGAGUGCAGAGUAAACAGGCCUGUUGUUAUUACAUCCUGUUGGCACCAGGAGUUGGUUUGGUAUCUGCUCACUGUGUUGGGGCCAGAGCUCUCUCUCACACACACAUACGUACAACACCGAAGAUGUGGCCACGGGUAGUGGCCACUAGCUUUCACGAGAGAGGGGACCACCAGGAGCCAAAAGCCCAGAUUAACCCGAUUUGGUGGGGUGGCUGUACUCUCAUUAAUGACUCAGGAAGAAGCUAAACUAGUUUUUAAAGAACACUGGCGACCUCUCAAAGGUCUCAGCCCGGGUACAUCACUGGGAUGUGAUCCUACACUAAAGAUGUAAUAAAUUGAGGAUGAACACUUGUCAUGAGUUACAUUGCCUUCGGAAAGGAUUCAGACCCCUUGACCUUUUCCACAUUUUGGUACGGUACAGCCUUAUUCUAAAAUUGAUUAAAAAUAAUAAUAAUUGGCAUCAGUCCACACACAAUACCCCAUAAUGACAAAGCAAAAACAGGAUUUUAGAAAUGUUUCCUAAUAAAAAAACUUGAAAAAACUGAAAUACCACAUUUACAUAAGUAUUCAGACCCUUUACUCAGUACUUUGUUCAUGCACCUUUGGCAGAGAUUACAGCCUCUUCUUGGGUAUGACGCUACAAGCUUGGCACACCUGUAUUUGGAGUUUUUCCAAUUCUUCUCUGCAGAUCCUCUCAAGCUCUGUGGAUGGGGAGCGUCGCUGCACAUCUGUUUUCAGGUCUCUCCAGAGGUGUUCGAUCGGGUUCAAGUCCGGGCUCUGGCUUUGCCACUCAAGGACAUUCAGAGACUUGUCCCGAAGCCACUCCUGCGUUGUCUUGGCUGUAUGCUUAGGGUUGUUGUCCUGUUGGAAGGUGAACCUUCGCCCCAGUUUGAGGUCCUGAGAGCUCUGGAGCAGGUUUUCAUCAAGGAUCUCACUGAACUUUUCUCCAUUCAUCUUUGACUCGAUCCUGACUAGUCUUCCUGCCGCUGAAAAACAUCCCACAGCAUGAUGUUCCCACCACCAUGUUUCACUGUAGAAAUGGUGCCAGGUUUCCUCUCGAUGGGACUCUUGGCAUUCAGGCCAAAGAGUUCAAUCUUGGUUUCAUCAGACUAGAGAAUCUUGUUUCUCAUGGUCUGAGAGUCUUUAGGUGCUUUUUGGGAAACUCCAAGCGGGCUGUCAUGUGCCUUUUACUGAGAAUUGACUUCCGUCUAGCCUCUCUACCAUAAGGGCCUGAAUGGUGGAGUGCUGCAGAUAGGAUUGUCCUUCUGGAAGUUUCUCUCAAUUUCCACAGAGUAACUCUGGAGCUCUGUCAGAUUGAUCAUCGGGUUCUUGGUCACCUCCCUGACCAAGGCCCUUGUCCUCUGAUUGCUCAGUUUGGCCGGGCAGCCAGCUCUACGAAGAGUCUUCGUUGUUCCAAACUUCUUCCAAUUAAGAAUGAUGGAGGCCGCUGUGUUCUUGGGGACCUUCAAUGCUGCAGAACUGUUUUGGUACCCUUCCCCAGAUCUGUGCCUCGACACAAUCCUGUCUCGGAGCUCUACGUACAAUUCCUUCGACUUCAUGGCUUGGUUUUAUCUCUGACAUGCACCUGUCAACUGUGGGACCUUAUAUAGACAGGUGUGUGCCUUUCCAAAUCAUUGUCCAAUCAAUUGAAUUUACCACAGGUGGACUCCAAUGAAGUUGUUGAAACAUCUCAAGGAUGAUAAAUGGAAACAGGAUGCACCUGAGCUCAAUUUCGAGUCUCAUAGCAAAGGGUCUGAAUACUUAUGUAAGUCAGGUAUUUGUUUUUAUUUUUAAUACAUUUGCAUACAUGUUUUUGCUUUGUUAUUAUGGGGUAUUGUGUGUAGAUUGCUGAGGAUUUUUUUUUUUUAUUUAAUCAAUUUUAGAAUAAGGCUGUAACGUGACAAAAUGUGUGAAAAGUCAAGGGGUCUGAAUACUUUCCGAAUGCACUGUAUAUGACAAGAAAAUUGUUGCCGGAGAAAAGGGGGUUAUACCAAACACUUCUUCUAGUCUGAUCAAAGAUGGUGAACUGGAGAGAGUUUCUUCUGUUGUUGAUUUGAGCGAUAAACAGUUCCAUUCAUUUGGGAGACCCGGUGUCCCGAACUCCAGAAGCAUACCACAUGGUUAUGUGCAUUCUUAGCCUCUAAAAAAAGGUUGAGGAAGGGAGAGAGUGAACACAUACUGCCGUGGUUUCGAAGCAGCCCUGCUUUAGAAGGAAGUGGUGUCGGUCUGGUCUGACCACAGAUGCAUGAGAUCCGGCAUUGCCUUCCUAGCGGAUGGUAUGGAGACACCAUGCAGGCCUGGACUUCCAAGUCUGUUUACUAGAUUGUCCCUGUGGUGAGGUCGUUCUUUCCAACAAGGAGCGUGUCUCAAUUGAAAGCCAAUCAAUCAAGUUCUGCUUGGAAAGAGCUUCACAACGGCUGUGGGAUUCUGUCAGGGCACAUGUGGGUUGCUCUCUGCUCUCGAAAAUAAGGAGCCAUGUGAUUGUUAUACCAAGUCAGAGUUGUCAUUUCCCCAAGGGCUUUGAGGUAGAUGUUGUUUUUGCUUUCUGUAAAAAUAGUGCUCAAGACAUCUCUCAUGACAUUCUUUGUUAUUUAAUUACCAUUGUUUUGUAUUUAGGUUACCUUGGCAAUAUUAUCACAGAUUGCAUCAGUAAAAUAAUACAUGUUUUCUGUGUUGGUAAAUGUAAAAUAUUUAACUGACAAUUUUUCUGUUUAUCAUGCAAAUGAAACUCUGUUAAUGUCGGUAAGGAUUUUGAUGUUUAUAUUCAUCAAUGUGAUUCAUUUUGAGAAUGGAUUCCAAGGUCUCUAAUUGGAAAUGAGAGAAAUACACAAUAUUAUUUUAUUCCUGUGUAGCACUAUAAUAUUAGAGUGUGUCUGUAAUGGUUGGACUCUUGACUCAUGUCCUGGCUGGUCUCCUACUGGUGCAGGUGUUGCUGCUGCUGUGUUCGUUUCACGACGCAGAGGGAGGCUCCAGUUUCAGGAAAUUAGGCCUGUUGGUUAAUGUUAGAACUGGAAGGAAAAGUUCCUGGAAGGUGGUUGAGUCCAACCGGGGGGUGGUGAAUUGGUUCCCUUUCUAUUAGAGAAAAGAUAUGACACCCACUUCUUAUAGAUGGCUUUGGUUGAAAGUCAAUUGUGUCAUACAUGUUUUACAAUACGUUUGCUGUAAACUUACAGUACAUGAAUUGCAUUUUAUGUGUUUUCAAUCCAUUUUUAUAACAUUCCUCCAUAGUUGACUUCAAUGAUUGAUGUCAUAAAAGUAGUGGUAAGAGUUUUGUUUCUGUUUGUGUACCUGUUGUUGUUGAUGAGGAUUUGGCUUCAAAUUAAUUUAACUUCCGAUUGCAAUCCCAUCAGAAGAUGCCCUAUGUUUUAGUAUUCAUGUGGUACUUUCCCACUGAGAGACAGAAUGAUAUCAUAUACCUCUUGCACUUGUUAUUGUUAUCUUUUCUUUGGUCUUCAGACGGAGGUGCACUUUGUUGGAUUUCCGUUUCUCUUUAUUCAGAGAGUGACUCUCAUCUCUGCUAGAGGGAGUUAACUGCAAGUCGCCCUGGCCAAAGUAAACUCCAACCAUGGUCUGGUCUUUCUGAAGCAACUCGAAUGAAGGUCUACUACUCCAUAAGCAUUGGUGUGUGAACAGCACCGGCCUACUGUAUUGAACAGCUGAAACAAUUGUGUGAUCACUAUUUAAACUUAAAUUGACUUGUAUGCAGUGACAGGUAGGUUUUAGCUGAAAAGUAAACCAAUGUGGAUUGUUACCCAAUUAUUUAAUAUUUACACAGUAAACAUCUUAAAAUAUACAAGAUUCUAAUUGUUCUCAAGGACCAGUGCCACUGUUCUUGAUUAAAUAUAGGGACAUUUAAUCAUUGUUGUUGAAGGACUGAUAAUGGGUAAAUUUCCUUUGAGAUAGUAUCCUAAUGAGUGGUGUCUCAGUUAUGUAUGAUCAUGACACUUGUUGGCUGUAGAUUCAGAAGAGGGCAGCAGUGAGUUGCUUAUUCAAGGGAAUGUUGGGCUGCAGUUAAUUGAUAGACAAUUAUUAGACCUUGUGAAGUUUCAGUACUUGGGUCUGGUGUCUUAUUUCUAUUGAAGCUGUAUGUAAAAGUUUUCACUAUUUUGUUGUGAUCGAUUUGUGUUACUUUACAUUCUAGAUAUGUUAACCGAUGCUUCACUCUGAACUAGAUUUGUCAAUGGGCUUCUUAUUGAGCAACCCUCAUAUUGUAAGUUAAAAAAUCAACCCACAAUUUGACACUCACGGUUCUUUCUCUAUUUCAUUCCAAUUUUGGGUUCCUUAUUUUCCUCUUCGUAAUGAUGUAAAAAAAAAAAAAUCUGCCCCAUCUUCAUUUCUACUCUUUCAUAUUAUGGAACAGUUACAGGGAAUAGGAAACCAUUUCCCAAAUAAACAUUUUCUUGUUUUCUUUCUGAAACCUA